AUGACUUCAAUUGGUACAGGAUACGAUUUAUCGGUUUCUACUUAUUCACCUGACGGACGCGUUUUCCAAGUUGAAUAUGCAAACAAAGCAGUAGAUAAUAGCGGAACUGCUAUUGGACUUCGAGUAAAGGAUGGCGUUGUCUUGGCUGUUGAAAAACUUAUUCAAUCAAAAUUACUUGUUCAAGGCGCUAAUCGUCGCAUUCAAAGUGCAGAUCUUCACAUUGGCAUUGCUACUGCAGGUUUAUUAGCAGACGGCCGACAUCUUGUGAACAGAGCUCGUGAUGAAGCUCAAGCUUGGAGAGAUAUCUAUAGACAGCCUAUUCCCGGAAAGACCAUUGCUGAUCGUUUGGGACAGUAUGUCUCUGCUUAUACUUUAUAUUCUAGUGUUCGUCCAUUUGGUACAAGUACUAUCAUUGCCACCAUGACUGAAAAAGAAUCACCCAACUUAUACAUGAUUGAACCCUCUGGCGUCUAUUGGGGAUACCGUGGUUGUGCCAUUGGAAAGGGCAAAUCAGUUGCCAAGACGGAAAUCGAGAAAUUAGAUUUAGAAAACAUGACAGCUCGUGAAGCAGUGAAUGAGAUCACAAGAAUUAUCUACACAUGCCAUGAUGACGCAAAGGAUAAAGAGUUUGAAUUGGAAUUGAGUUGGAUUUGUGCAGAAUCACAGUAUAAGCAUCAAUUUGUACCAGCUGAAUUAAAAGCAGAAGCUGAAAGAUUAGCAAAGGAAUCCUCUUCAGAUGAUGAAAUGGAAGACUAA